GCUUUGAAUUUCAUUUCAAGGAAUUUUAUAAAAACAUAGAGAAAUUUCUAAGGUUUUUCAUUUAGAAUUUUGUAGAUUUAAGGUGACGAUAAAAGGGAAACUGAAAGAUUCAGAAGGUUGGUUCGUUGCCACUGCUACCACCGAUGGGAUCACUUGAUCAUGAAGAGGAACUAAUAGCCUUAGCGGAGUCGAAUGAGGCCAUCUUGUAUAUUAACGGCAUCCGUCAUGUGUUGCCAAAUGGACUGGCCCACCUUACUCUUCUUCAGUAUCUCAGAGAUUUAGGUCUGACAGGAACAAAACUGGGGUGCGGAGAAGGUGGUUGUGGGGCUUGUACAGUGAUGGCUUCUUAUUACGAUGAACAUUUGAAGAAAUCUGUGCAUUAUGCAAUCAAUGCGUGCUUGGCUCCACUGUAUUCUAUGGAAGGGAUGCACAUAAUAACAGUUGAAGGCCUCGGGAAUCGUCGCAAUGGCUUGCACCCAGUCCAGGAAUCUUUAGCUCGUGCCCAUGGCUCACAAUGUGGAUUUUGUACUCCUGGUUUUGUAAUGUCCAUGUAUGCAUUAUUGAGGUCAAGCGAAAUGCCGCCUACUGAAGAGCAAAUUGAAGAAAGCCUUGCUGGAAAUUUGUGCCGUUGCACUGGAUACAGACCAAUUAUUGAUGCAUUUCGUGUUUUUGCCAAAAGUUAUGAUGCAUUGUACACUAACGUAUCUUCUGCUAGCACACCAGGAGGUGAUUUUGUUUGCCCCUCGACUGGUAAACCUUGCUCCUGUGGAUCAAAUGCUGUAACUAACAGAACUUCAGCUGAAAAUGUAACUUGUGGCAAUGGCUACAAACGUGUUUCUUAUAGUGAAAUUGAUGGAAGCUCCUACAGUGAGAAGGAGCUUAUUUUUCCUCCAGAACUUCUUUUGAGGAAGACGAAGCCUUUGAAUUUGAAUGGAGCUGGUGGAAUUAAGUGGUAUCGACCUCUUAAACUUCAGCAUGUAUUAGAUUUGAAAUCAAGAUAUCCGGAUGCAAAAUUAGUGGUUGGUAAUACUGAAGUAGGGAUAGAAACAAAGUUUAAGAAUGUUCAAUAUCAGGUCCUGAUUUCCGUGAUACAUGUACCUGAACUUAAUACUUUGAUAGUGAGAGAUGAUGGAUUGGAGAUUGGUGCUGCUGUACGACUGACAGAGCUUCUAAACCUUUUGAAAAAGGUUGUAGCAGAGCGUGAUGCUCAUGAGACAUCAUCAUGUAAGGCCUUCAUUGAACAGCUAAAAUGGUUUGCUGGGAAACAGAUAAAGAAUGUAGCUUCUGUUGGUGGGAAUAUCUGUACUGCCAGUCCAAUAUCUGACUUGAAUCCACUCUGGAUGGCUGCUGGAGCAAAGUUUCGAAUCAUCGAUUGCAAAGAGAAUGUCAGAACAACUCUUGCAGAAGAUUUCUUCAUGGGUUACCGCAAGGUGGAUCUAACGUGCAGUGAAAUUUUACUGUCAGUUUUCUUGCCAUGGAGCAGGCCGUUUGAAUUUGUGAAAGAAUUCAAGCAGGCUCACCGAAGGGAUGAUGAUAUUGCAAUUGUAAAUGCAGGUAUGCGUGUUUCUCUUGAAGAAAAAGAUGGGAAGUGGGCAGUUUCCGAUGCCUCCAUUGUUUAUGGUGGGGUUGCUCCUGUUUCCUUGUCUGCUCCAAAAACCAAACACUUUCUUAUUGGGAAAAGUUGGGAUAAAGAACUGUUGCAGGGUGCUUUGGGGAUAUUAAAAGAUGAUAUAUUUCUUUCCGACAAUGCACCGGGUGGGAUGGUGGAGUUCCGCAAAUCUUUAACGUUAAGUUUCUUUUUCAAAUUUUUCCUGUGGGUUUCUCAUCAGAUGGAGGGGAAACAAUCCUUCACAGAAGGCCUUCCACAGUCCCAUCUGUCAGCCAUACAGUCUUACGACAGGCCAUCAUCUAGUGGAAUUCAGGAUUAUGAAGUGAUGAAUCACGGGACUUCUGUUGGGUUUCCUAUGGUUCAUCUUUCAUCAAAACUUCAGGUUACAGGGGAAGCAGAAUAUGCUGAUGACACACCCAUGCCUCCAAAUGCUUUACACGCGGCUUUAAUAUUGAGUAGAAAGGCUCAUGCUCGUAUACUCUCUAUAGAUGAUUCAGGUGCCAAGAUUUCCCCUGGGUUCAAAGGAUUGUUUACAUCAAAAGAUGUUCCUGGAAGUAAUUGUAUUGGACCAGUUGUGUACGAUGAAGAGCUUUUUGCUACAGAAAUUGUAACUUGUGUUGGUCAGGUCAUAGGCGUGGUUGUGGCUGAUACUCAUGAAAAUGCUAGGUUAGCCUCACGAAAAGUACAUAUCGAGUAUGAAGAUCUGCCUGCAGUUUUAUCCAUAAAGGAUGCCCUUCAAUCUAACAGUUUCCAUCCUAACACCGAGAGACAUAUGAAAAAGGGGGAUGUAGAGUGGUGUUUGCAAUCAGGCGAAUGUGACAAAAUUAUAGAAGGGGAGGUUCAAAUAGGAGGUCAGGAGCAUUUCUAUCUGGAGCCGAAUAGCAGUCUGAUAUGGACAAUGGAUGGUGGCAAUGAAGUUCAUAUGAUUUCCUCUACUCAAUGCCCUGACAAGCAUCAGAAAUAUGUUGCCCAUGUUCUUGAUCUUCCGAUGUCUAAAGUUGUUUGCAAGACAAAGCGCAUCGGGGGUGGAUUUGGUGGAAAAGAGACAAGAUCAGCCUUCAUUGCCGCUGCGGCUUCUGUACCAUCAUAUAUUUUGAAGCGACCAGUGAAAAUCACAUUAGAUAGGGAUUUGGACAUGAUGAUCACUGGGCAGCGACACAGUUUUCUUGGAAAAUACAAGGUGGGCUUCACAAAAGAAGGAAAGGUGCUGGCGUUGGAUCUUGAAAUCUACAAUAAUGGUGGAAAUUCACUGGACCUGUCUUUUGCUGUCCUGGAGCGUGCGAUAUUCCAUUCGGAUAAUGUCUAUGACAUACCACAUGUUAGGCUGAGAGGAAAAGUUUGCUAUACCAAUUUCCCAAGUAAUACCGCUUUUCGGGGAUUUGGUGGCCCUCAGGGGAUGCUUAUUACUGAGAAUUGGAUUCAACGAAUUGCUAUGGAACUUCAGAAAAGCCCUGAAGAGAUAAGGGAACUUAAUUUUCAAAGCGAUGGAUAUGUACUGCACUAUGGUCGCCAACUUAAACACUGCACCCUACACCAGGUCUGGGAUGAAGUAAAGGCAUCUUGUGACUUCUCUAAGGCUCGGGAGGCAGUGAAUGAGUUUAAUUUGCACAAUCGGUGGAAGAAGCGGGGUCUUGCUAUGGUUCCCACAAAAUUUGGUAUUGCAUUUACGGCAAAGUUCAUGAACCAGGCAGGUGCUCUCGUGCAUGUCUAUACUGAUGGAACUGUUUUAGUGACGCAUGGGGGAGUUGAAAUGGGACAAGGUCUUCACACAAAAAUUGCUCAGAUUGCUGCCUCAUCUUUCAACAUUCCUCUUAGUUCCAUCUUCAUAUCAGAGACAAGUACCGAUAAGGUCCCCAAUGCAACACCAACAGCAGCUUCUGCAAGUUCUGAUAUGUAUGGUAUGGCAGUUUUAGAUGCCUGCGAGCAAAUAAAGUCACGGAUGGAGCCUAUUGCUUCAAAAUAUAAGGAUAAGUCUUUUGCUGAGAUAGCACGUGCAUGCUACAUGGAGCGAAUAGACCUAUCUGCUCAUGGAUUUUACAAGACACCUGAUAUUGGCUUUGAUUGGGUAACUGGCAUGGGGAAUCCAUUUAGAUACUACACGUAUGGAGCUGCAUUUGCGGAGGUUGAAAUAGAUACACUUACUGGAGAUUUCCACACAAGGAAAGCAGAUAUUGUCAUGGAUCUCGGAUUUUCUCUUAAUCCAGCCAUUGAUAUUGGACAGAUUGAAGGGGCCUUUGUGCAAGGUAUGGGCUGGGUUGCGUUGGAAGAGCUAAAAUGGGGAGAUCCAGCUCACAAGUGGAUUACUCCAGGCUUUUUGUACACUAGUGGCCCUGGAAGCUAUAAACUUCCUACUGUGAAUGAUAUUCCUCUGGAAUUCAAGGUUUCGCUUCUGAAGGGUGUUCCAAAUGUGAAGGCAAUUCAUUCAUCUAAGGCAGUCGGUGAGCCUCCAUUCUUUCUUGCCUCCUCAGUAUUUUUUGCCAUCAAGGAUGCAAUCAUAGCGGCGAGAGCAGAGUCAGGGUACAGUGACUGGUUCCCUCUUGAUAAUCCAGCGACUCCGGAACGGAUCCGUAUGGCUUGUGCAGAUGAUUUCACAAAGCCAUUUGCAAUCUCUAACUUUCAACCCAAGCUAAGUGUGUAACCCGAUAAUGUUUUCAGGCAUGUACACAUGUACAACUGUAGAAAAGAAAUAAAGAAAACGAGAGAGAGAGAGAGAGAGAGAGAGAGAGAGAGAGACCCUAUCAUCAUCAUCUAUUCAUGUCAUAAAUUUAUAACCACCAAUUGGAUGGUCAGGAUCAUUCAAGCAGUGGACUCAAGGCUCUAUCCUCAAUGAGCCCUUGGAUUUGGAGAUGCAGAUGAAAGUGUAGCCAUGCUAAUUGGAUAUGGAUAAGACACAACUGGGGAGAUGCUGGUUAUGCUCAUUGCA